GUAUCAUUUUUGACAUACUUCCAUCGAUGCCCAGUCGCUUUAUUUCAUUUAAUAGUCGUCUAAUUCGAAAGUGGGCCUAGCCAACCAAUCGAUUUUCAUUCCACUUCACAAGACUGAAACUGCACGAUGGAGUUUAGAGCCGAUGUGAUCAUCGCCUGUUCGGCCGUAGUGCUCAUUUCAUCGCUCAUUUACCAACUGGGCUGGCGCCUUGGCCUUCGAGAAGUCACUAAGAAGACCCGUAAACCUAGACGUAGGAUGAAAGUCAACGAAAACAACAACGGUCCUGAAGUGAUCAUAGUUGGAUCUGGUAUUUUGGGCUCUGCUAUGGCGACUGUUUUAGCACGAGAUGGACGUAAAGUGACAGUGAUUGAACGAGACAUGAAGGAACCAGAUCGGAUCGUUGGUGAGCUCUUCCAGCCAGGUGGACGUCAAGCUCUGACCGAACUAGGCCUCGGUGAUUGUGCAUCUGGUUUCGAAGAAAUCCGAAUGGAUGGAUUUGUGAUUUACGAUCCAAUUACCAAAGAACCAAUCGACUUCCAGUACCCCAAGGAUAAAGCUGGGAAGAUUCAACCCGCAACCUGCUUCCAUCAUGGUCGCUUUGUGAUGAGUCUGCGAAAGGCUGCAAUGGCAGAAGAGAAUGUAACGUACAUUGAAGGUACUGUCACGACUAUCGUCGAAGAAAAGGGCCGGAUUGUAGGUGUAGAAUACAAGAAAAAGGGGCAACAAGAGAAGGAGAUACUUAGGGCUCCUUUGACCAUAGUAGCUGAUGGCACCUUCUCUAAGUUUCGCAAGCAGUUCUCGACGGCGAGUCUUGAUCAAAUGACCAAACCAACAUCGUACUUCAUAGCUUUCAAAUUGAAGGAGUCAUUUGACUUCAAAGCUCAUCAUGCUGAAGGGCUCUGGUGUCAUUCCACCCCGACAAUUGUAUACCGGAUCGCUCCGGAUACACUCCGGCUGAUGUUUGAUAUCGACACUUCGGUUCAACCAAAGAACCCUAAGCAGUUUAUCAUGGAAACAAUCUAUCCGGAACUCCCAGAGCAUCUCAAGAAAAUGGUAGGACCAGCUAUGGAGAAUGAUUCUGUUCGUAUUCGCAUAGUUCCUACUUACUACAUCCCUUCUGCGCCUGUCCAGAAACCCGGCUGCCUGUUGCUAGGUGACGCACUCAACUGUCGUCAUCCCUACACGGCUAGUGGGAUGACGGUUGCCUUCAAGGAUGUCAAAUGCUGGGCUGAUCUCCUAGAGGGGAUCGAAUCACUAGGUGAGUCGAUCAGUAAAGGCUAG